AUGGCUUCCUUUCGUUUUAACUUUGGAAGUAACGAAAUUAAUGAAAAUAGCUCGCAAUUGGACUCACAAGAGGAUGAUUUGACACCAGUUGAGGCUAAAGAAGUUUCUGUAUCACGCCAUAUUGUAAACCAAAGCGAUAAUGUGGAUAAAAUUGACAUAAAUGGGACAGCAUUACUCUACGUGAAUCUGCAACACGUUGAAGAAUCACUGAAGAAAUCCAGUACUAUACUCGAUNAAGCAAAUCAGAAAACUGCAGAAUCAGAAACCACAGACAAUACAGCUGAMAAUGUACGAAAAGACUGUCCAUUAGACAGAGAAGAGGUUGGACAAGCUACAUGGGGAUUUCUACAUACAAUGGCUGCUAAAUAUCCRGAGUUUCCAUCUAGCACACAACAAGAUGAUAUGAAAAAGUUUGUGGAAUUAUUUGCUAAGUUUUAUCCGUGUGGAGACUGCGCUUCACAUUUAAGGGGGAGGUUAAAGGAAAGACCCCCAGAUACAACAAAUCAAUAUAAUUUUUCACAAUGGUUGUGCAAAAUACAUAAUGACAUUAACAAACAUAUUGGUAAAGAAGAAUUCGAUUGUUCAAAAGUUGAUGAACGCUGGCUGCAUGGAUGGAAAGAUGGYUCAUGUGACUGACAGAGAUAUUUCCUUAGACAGAAUGUGAAYKGAAUUUUGGAGARUACAAAAUCAUAUCUAAGAAAAUAACAAUAAUUUCACCAGAUUUCGUCAGGAAUAUUAUUUUAUAAGCAAUUGGAAAAUGUAUCUAUAAAAAACUACAAUCCCUCUUCAUACGCAGAAUUUCGUAUUGAAUUUCUGAUUGUACUGUAGACUACAUCAGUGCAGUAAAUAGGACUUUGGGCUCCCUGUGUUGUUGACUUUAACACCUGUUUCAAGUCCAAUAUCCACAAAAUGGCCAAGGUUCACUUCCUUAAAUUACAUUAUAAACUCCUUGAAAUCUAAUACAUUAAAAUUCUAGCUAUUGUA